AUGAUGCCGACGUUGCGGGACAGCACCAUGUCCCACCCCGGCGAAAAUUCCCAUCAAGUCCGGGUGAAAGCCUACUACAAAGGGGACAUCAUGAUCACCCACUUUGAGCCGUCCAUCUCGUAUGAAGGCCUGUACGGCGAAGUCAGGGACAUGUGCUCAAUGGACAACGACCAGCUCUUUACGAUGAAGUGGAUUGACGAGGAAGGUGACCCGUGCACGGUGUCGUCUCAGCUGGAGCUGGAAGAAGCGCUGCGCCUCUACGAGCUCAACAAAGACUCAGAGCUCAUUAUUCAUGUGUUCCCAUGUAUACCAGAGAAACCAGGCAUGCCUUGUCCUGGUGAAGACAAGUCCAUAUAUCGGCGAGGAGCGCGACGCUGGAGGAAGCUUUACUUUGCCAGCGGCCAUGCCUUUCAGGCCAAACGCUUCAACAGGAGAGCACAUUGUGCCAUCUGCACGGACCGCAUCUGGGGUCUGGGCCGACAGGGUUACAAAUGCAUCAACUGCAAAUUGCUGGUUCACAAGAAGUGCCACAAGCUGGUCACCGUGGAGUGCGGCCGACCCAUGAUCCAGGAGCCAAUUCUGCCUGGUCAACCUCCCAGUCAAUUAGACCCAAUGGAACAGCCAGGUCCUCAGAAUAAAGACUCCAGAGAAAGCUUGACUUACGAUGGAGAAGAGAAAGAGGCGCGAAACAGCCGAGACACAGGAAAGUCGCCCUCCAGUCUCGGCCUGGCGGACUUCGACCUGCUGCGGGUGAUUGGCCGUGGAAGCUACGCCAAAGUGCUGCUGGUGCAGCUGAAGAAGACUGAGCGAAUCUACGCUAUGAAGGUGGUCAAGAAGGAGCUAGUCAAUGAUGACGAGGACAUCGACUGGGUCCAGACAGAAAAACACGUGUUUGAGCAAGCGUCCAAUCAUCCUUUCUUGGUGGGCCUGCAUUCCUGCUUCCAGACAGAAAGCAGACUUUUCUUUGUAAUCGAAUAUGUGAACGGCGGCGACCUAAUGUUUCACAUGCAGAGACAGCGGAAGCUUCCCGAAGAGCACGCCAGGUUUUACUCCGCAGAGAUCAGUCUGGCGCUCAACUACCUUCACGAGCGCGGCAUCAUCUACAGAGAUCUCAAACUGGAUAACGUGUUACUCGACUCUGAGGGACACAUCAAACUCACCGACUACGGCAUGUGCAAGGAGGGCUUGAGACCCGGUGAUACGACGAGCACUUUCUGCGGAACCCCUAACUAUAUUGCCCCCGAAAUACUCAGAGGAGAAGAUUACGGCUUCAGCGUGGACUGGUGGGCACUGGGCGUACUGAUGUUUGAGAUGAUGGCGGGCCGGUCACCCUUCGACAUUGUGGGAAGCUCCGACAAUCCCGACCAGAAUACAGAAGACUACCUCUUCCAAGUCAUAUUGGAAAAACAGAUCCGAAUUCCCCGCUCCUUGUCUGUUAAAGCCGCCAGCGUCCUCAAGGGAUUCCUCAACAAGGAUCCCAAGGAGCGUCUGGGCUGCCAUCCCCAGACGGGUUUCGCCGACAUUAUGGGCCAUCCUUUCUUCAGAAACGUUGACUGGGACCUUCUGGAACAAAAGCAAGUGGUCCCUCCCUUCAAACCCAACAUCUCUGGCGAAUUCGGACUAGACAAUUUUGACGCCCAGUUCACCAACGAGCCCAUUCAGCUGACGCCAGACGAUGAUGAUGUGGUGAAGAAGAUCGACCAAUCUGAGUUCGAGGGUUUCGAGUACAUCAACCCGCUGCUGAUGUCGGCCGAGGAGUGCGUGUAA